UUCUUAUACAGAGUGUGACCCAAUGUCUUGCCUGAUGGCCAGUAGUGGCAGGGAUUGAAUGAUCAGAAACUCUUAGCUACUUUCAGUUCUUGGUAGCUGUACUUGUGUAAAGCAUUUUGAGUUGAGUCUUCUGAGCAAACAGUCCAGGGAAGGAAACUAUCUGCCUUCCAAACUGGGAGGCCUGGAUUAAUGGGACAUCUCACUCCACCAUGUCUGCUCAGGAAAACGAACCACAGGUGGAGAUCCAGGCAGAGGAGCAACAGACUGCAGUGGACAGGGUGGGUGGCCUGCCCUUGGUCAGCUCUGCCUGUGAGAUGGCCUCUGCCAGCUACGCUGCCACCAAAGAGACCCACCCAGCCAUCAAAGCGGUCUGUGAGGUGGCAGAGACUGGGGUGAGGGCCAUCACCUCUGCUGCCAUCACCGGGGCACAGCCCAUCCUGGCCCAGCUGGAGCCACAACUUGCAGCAGCCAAUGAAUAUGCCUGUCGGGGUCUGGACAGACUGGAGGAGCAGCUGCCCAUCCUGCAGCAGCCGAUUGAGAAGGUGGCUUUGGAUGCCCAAGACAUCAUGCGUGCCACAAUGGUGGGUGCCAAGGAUGCAGUCUGCAGCACGGUCACUGAGGCGAAGGAUGCAGUGACCAUCAUGGUGAGCAUGGCCCAAGGGGCUGUCCAGGAGAGCGUGGAGGUGACCAAAUCCGCCGUGACCAGCAGCAUGAGCACAGUGAUGGGCUCCAGCAUGGGGCAGAUGGCUGUGAGUGGCAUAGACACAGCACUGGGGAAAUCUGAGCAGCUGGUGGACUACUACCUCCCCAUGACAGAGGAGGAGCUCGCUGAGCUUGCCACAACUCCCCUUGAGGGGCCUGGAGAGGCUCCUGCAGAGCAGCGGAGUUACUACGUGCGUCUGGGUUCCCUGUCGAGCACGCUGCGCCAGCGAGCCUACCAGCACGCCCUGGGCAAGAUGAGACAAGCCAGGCAGCGCACCCUGGAGGCCCUCUCCCAGCUCCAGCAAAUCAUUGACCUGAUCAAGCAGGCCGUAGAUCAGAAGCUUCACAAUGGCCAGGACCGUCUGUACCAGAUGUGGCUCCAGUGCUGCAGGGGGAAGUUGGAAGGGCAGGAGGAACCAGACUCCGCAAAGCAGGUUGAAGCUCAGGCUCUAGCCACGUCCCAGAGUCUCACCCAACAACUGAAAACCACCUGCCUUACUCUCCUGGGCAGCAUCCAGGGCCUUCCCAGCACUAUCCAGGACAAGGCCCAGCAGGUCUCAAGCAGUAUAGAAGAGCUCCAGGCCUCCUUCUCCAGUGCCAGCUGUUUCCAGGAUCUGUCCAGCAGUGCCCUUGCCCGGAGUCGGGAGAUGGUGACCAAGGCCCAGGAGUCCCUGGAUGAGCUGCUGGAAUACGUGACGCAGAACAUUGCCCUGGACUGGAUCGUGGGACCCUUCACUCCCGCGGGAGACUCCCCACCGUGUCCUGAUGAGCUGGUGGAGGAAGGAAAAAAGGUGGAGGCCUGAAGGGUUCCCCCUGCUGCUGGAAGGAAUCCAGCUGAAUUGCCUGCAUAGCUAGUGUGGGGUCUCCUCGCUGAGGCCGCAGUUCUGCUUUGGCAGAUGGUGGACUGAGGUCAGCUCUUCCUUCUGCAGAAUUAAAGAACCUAAAUGUCCUUUCCCAGGCACACUUCCCCAGAACCAUUUAUUACCGGUUACAGGGUGGCAUCACUAGUCAUGCAGGACUGCAUCCCUUGUAGGGCUAGUCUGCUUCUCUCAGAACAUGGAUUGUAACUGACAUACAGCUGUCUUCCACUGUACAUAGGAAGUGCUCCUCAGCUUGAUAUUUUUCCUAGCUCUUUGUAAUGUGUAAGACUACGGUUUAUAGCAACAAUAAACCUCAACUGCAUUCAAA